AUGACGACCAACGAGGAGACGCCGUUGCUGCAUGCGACGACGAACAAGAAGCAGCAGAGGAAGGGGCAUGGGGCGACUACUACGACGACGACGUUGGCGGCAACCAAGGCCAAGGCGGGCUUCGGGGCCUGGCUGCGGCGCGUCUUCAACGUCGAGCGGCGGAUUCUCUUUGCCGGCUUUCUCAUCACCCUGGCGUUUAGCUACACGCAGGUUCCGCUCUUCUACGUCUUCCAUCUCAUGGAGUGCGACACCUUUUACGACACGCACCCGCCGUACAACGGCACCGGUGAUCGCUGCAGCAGAGAUGAGAUUGCUGCCGGCACGGCUACGCAGUUUAGCAUUCUCGGCAUGAGCACGACGCUAUGCGGAACGCUGAACCUCUUCGUCGCCGGCUGGGUCGUCAAAAAGUUUGGCCCUCGCGCCGCGCUCAUGGCCCAGACGUUUGUGCCCGCCAUCCGCGUCGCGACCCAGAUCAUCGGCGUCGUCGCGGGGAAGCGGGCCGGCAUGAUCAUCAUCCAGUGCACGCAGCUCAUCACCAUCCUCGGCGGGCCCGCCGGCUACAUCCUCGUCGUCAACAUCAUCGCCGGCGAAGUCGUCGAGCCGUCGCGCCGCACUGCCGUGUUCGGCAUGCUGCAGGGCUGCAUCAUGCUCGGACAGGGUAUUGGGUACCUGACUGGCGGCAUGAUUGGGGACGCCAUUGACAUCCGCGCUCCGUUCGACGUCGCCUUUGUGUCCUUCCUCGUUGCCGGCGUCUACGCUCGCCUGGCGCUGCCGUACAUUGCCCCCGACGCCAUGUCCGACGGCAAAAAGCCCGGCCAGCAGGGCGUCUCGGGGUUCCUCGCGCCGCUCCGCAUCCUCGUGCCCCAGCGGCUGCGGCGCGCCGACGGCCGCUUGACCAAGCACUACGGCGUCAUCUUCCUCUGCGCCGGCAUCUUCCUUGGCGUGCUCGCCACGGGGUACGCCCCGCUGCUUAUCCAGAUGUACGCGACAGCCGCCUUCGAGUUCAACCAGGCCGACAACGGCUGGCUCAUGUCAGAAUUUGCCUUUAUGCGGAGCUUCUUCCUCAUCUUUCUCUUCCCGCGCAUCAUCAGCUGGGGGAGGAGGCUGACGCUGGCGCGAGCUGCACCUCAACCAUUACCCGAGGAGCGAGUAUGCCGCGACGACGACGACGACGAGACCUCGGCGUUGCUGCCCACCGACCCGGGCCAGUUUGACGCCGCGGCGGGCGAGCAGGUCGACGAAGAACCCAUGGCGUUGGCCAAGUCGGAGGCAGGCCGCGACGGGUGCCUCUUUGAUCUCGUCUUUUUGCGCUGGAGCCUCGUCGUGGACGGGGCGCUGACGACGGUCGCAGCGUUUGCAACGAAGCGCUGGCACAUCUAUCUAGCCGCCUUCCUGCUGCCAUUUGGGUCCGGGUCCGCGCCGGCCGCCAAAGGCGUCAUCACCGAAAUGUGCCCCGAGUCGCAGCGUGCCGACGCGCUCAACGCCGUGACACUCGUCGAGAACAUUGCGCGCCUCGCGACGCAGGGCCUGUUUGGCUUCGUCUUUGCCAGCCUGGCCGAGGUGGGCAAGGCGUAUGCCACUUUUUUCUGCAACGCCGCCGUUGCGGUGGUGGGAAUGGGUGUCCUCCUCUUCUCCAAUUUCCCCUCGCCCGAUAGCACGCUCGUGGAAGAUGACGGACUUGACGGGCUGCCAACAGACGAUGACCCUGAUGUUCAAUGA